AGGAGCCGAUCCGCCUCCGCCGGGCCAUGGGCCUGGGUGCCGCGACCCCCGCGCAGCCCCGCGCCGCCCGCGCGACGGGGGAUCGCCCGCGGCCGUGCUGCGGGUGCCGCUGCCCCGCCUGGCUGGCGCUCGUCACCGCGACGGGCGCCCUCUCGGUGCUGCUCUGCGCGCUGCGGCGGUGGCAGCGGGGGCUCGACGGCGCCAAGCUGGCCCUCUUCGACCAGCUCUUCGUGCUGGGCUUCCACCUCCUCCGGCCCCUGGACGGCACGAGGCUGGGCCCCGGGCGGGGCCUGGAGGUGGAGGAGAGCCUGGAGGGCAAGGUGGCCCUGGUCACUGGCGGCACGCUGGGCAUCGGCUACUACGCCGCCGAGCGCUUCCACGCGGCCGGCGCCCACGUGAUCGUCUCUGGCCGCAGCGCCUCCAGGUGUAGCGAGGCAGCGGAAUUCCUGCGCGAGGCCACUGGCCGCGGCGGGCGUGCGGAAGGACUGCCGCUGGACCUCGGCUGCUUUGAUUGCGUGAGGAACUUCUCGGCCGCACUGCGCGGUAUGUUUCCCCGGCUCGACUUUAUGAUCCUCAACGCGGGCACGAGCCACGCUGGCGACCUCGCCGACGACGAUUCGGCCUGGCUAUCGCCAGAAGGGCACAGCCGGGUCUUCCAAGCGAACCACCUCGGGCAUUUUUUGCUGGCGGUGUUGCUGGCGCCGUCAUUGGCGCCAGGAGGCUCGGUGGUUGUCGUGGGCAGCUCUGCGAUGUGGAUGGCGCAUCCGAGCCGCUUGAUGUUGCCGAAGCGGAACCUGACCCACAAUGCGCGGCACGGCGACAGGUGGAUGCGGUACGGGCUCGGAUCCUACGAGCGGAGCAAGCUGGCCAACCGCUGCUUCGCGCUCUCCCUGCGGCGCAGGGCCCGCGCCCGUCGGGUGCGGGUGCAGGGCAUGACGCCGGGCCUCGUGGAGACCCGCCUGACGACGGGCCUGGAGGGCGACUUUGCGCGGGCCUGCGUCUCCCCAGAGCUGGCCGGCCUGCGCCUGUUCGAGUGCGCCUUCGUCUCGCGGGAGUUCGACUUCGUGGCCCCGCACUGGCAGCCCCCCUACGUGUACCGGUGGGACGCCCCCACGACGUCGCCGCGCUGGAGGCGGUUCCGGCCCCGGCGGCCGGGCACGGUUUUCAGGGCGCCGGCGCUCCGGGAGAGCGACGGCUUCCCGCGGAGGUACAACUUCGAGGCGCCGAGGAAGUGGCUCAACCGGCCCCAGCUCCACCAGAGGCUGGACUACAGCCUGCACAGCGCGACCGGCCCAGACUGCCCCGACGAGCUCCAGCGCGAGUUCUGGCGCUGGAGCUUGGAGCAGGUCGGCCUGCCAGCGAGUCUCGACGAAGGGGACAUCUUCGCGCACACCUUCACGUGACCGGGUGACCAGAGGAGGUGGAGGCGAGGGUUGCCGAAGAAA